UCUUCCUCACCCAGAGUGGGAAGAGUAGUGUCGGUGGCAGUAAAGACGACUCAGCACAAGAGUGAGGACUAAAUCUCUCUCUCUCUCUCUCUCUCUCUCUCCAUUUACAUAUAUAUAAUCUCAACUACCAUUAUAGUUUUCCUCUGUCUCUCUCUCUCUCUUCCUUGAUUUUGCUUGAAGAGGGAGAAGGCUCAUUAUUGGAGAGAGAGAGAGAUUUGUGAGUGUUGGCUGUAGAGAGGGAGGGAGAGAGUGCGGAGGUUUUCUAAGGUCGGAUCGAAGGAAAUGGCGGUGGAUCCAAGGCAGGUGCUGGCCGGUUUCUUGACCAUCACAAUGUUCGUAAUGCUAGGAAACAUGAUCAAGCGCGACCAUUUCGAUUCGCCUUCAGAUGCAAAUCAUUCUGGAACGCCAAGUGAUAAUUAUGAUAAUCUCAAGAUCACAGAACAUGCUACUGUUUCCCUUCCAGGAGGGAAUGGACCUUGGAAGGAGGACGGAUUACGGCUAAAACCUUGCUGGGCAAAACCAGCUUCUGAAGAGGCACAACGAUCUGAAGGUUUUGUCACCUUCUCCUUAACCAAUGGCCCCGAAUAUCAUGUCUCACAGAUAGCUGAUGCGGUUGUGGUGGCAAGAUACCUACGAGCGACUCUUGUACUGCCAGACAUAAGGGGAAACAAACCAGGUGACAAGAGGAACUUUGGAGAUAUUUAUGAUAUUCAGAAAUUUGUGAAAAGCCUAGACGGUGUGGUAAAAGUUUCAAAACAUCAGCCUGCUGAAACAUCAACCCGGAACCUAGCAGUUGUUAGGGUCCCUAAUCGAGUCACUAAAGACCAUAUAGCUGAACAAAUUGAACCAAUUUUUAGAACAAAGGGAAACAACAUAAGGCUGGCAACAUACUUCCCCUCUGUGAACAUGAAAAAAACUGAGGAAAAAAGUAAGUCUGAUUCUGUGGCAUGCUUGGCGAUGUUUGGAACUCUAGAGCUACAACCAGAGGUUCGUGAAGUGGUUGACUCAAUAAUUGAGCGGCUGAGAACUCUUAGUCGGAAAUCAAAUGGUCAGUUCAUAGCGGUGGACUUGAGAGUUGAGAUGUUGGAGAAAAAGGGUUGCCAAGGAAGUGCAGUGAAAAGCUGUUAUGGUCCAGAGGAGAUUGCACUUUUUCUGAGGAAGACUGGUUUUGACAAGGAGACAACUAUAUAUUUGACCCAAUCCAGGUGGGAUAGCAGUCUUGAUGCUCUGAAGGAUUUCUUCCCAAAAACUUAUACAAAGGAAACCAUUAUGCCAGUGGAUAAGAAGGAAAAGUAUCUCAACUCGGAAACUUCUGAACUUGAAAAGGCUAUUGACUUCUACAUCUGCACUGAGAGUGAUGUGUUCGUACCAGCUAUCUCGGGGCUGUUCUACGCCAACGUAGCCGGUAAGAGAAUUGCUUCUGGCAAGACACAGAUCCUUGUUCCUGCAAAUGUGGCUGCCUCUGCUUCUGCAACUGAUUUCAUAUCUCCGUACGUCUCCAAGAAGAACCACUUGGCUUAUUCUUGUUUCUGCUAGCUCAUCGUGUAAAAAGGCCGCCUCAAAUAGAGCAAUUUAAGGGGGAUGUAUCGAUGCCCGUAUUUCAAUGUCUUUUGC